ACUGUGCGCUAUCUGUGCCACACAAAAAUGCACUCAAUAUACUGUGCUGUAAAUCCCGUGAAUUGAGUUCAUCACAGAGGUUUGCGUCCUGAACACUAUAUUGCGCCAAAUCCUCAACCACGGAGGGAUAAAUGCCGCAGGACUUCACCCCUCGUGGCAAAUCACACACCAAAAAAUCGAUUUACAAACGCAACGCAUGCGUCCACGAGCCCUGGAAAAGGGAAGAAGAGUCUGUGGAGUUGUUUUGGACGGACGUUGAGAUCUGUUGUGCCCCCAAAAAAGGUGUCCAAAUCCACCCACAUUUGCCAAUUGGACACUGAGUGUGAGCAUUUGAAAAAUGCCAGUGAAUUGUUUAGUGAAUUGAUGCCAAUUAGCCCACAAACUGCCUCUAUUCGAGUGUUGUGAAAAGCACCAAAAAUGGCUGGCAUCAAGAGCUACAGCAUGGAUCGCGAGAGGGACUACAUCGGCUUCGCCACUCUGCCUGAGCAAGUACACCGAAAGUCUGUGAAGCGAGGUUUUGAGUUCACGCUCAUGGUGAUGGGCGAGUCGGGCCUGGGCAAGUCCACCCUCAUCAACAGCCUCUUCCUGGGUGACCUGUACAAGAAUCGCGCCAUUCCCAACGUAGAGGAGCGCAUCGAGAAGACGACACGCAUUGAGAAGAAGACGAUGGACAUAGAGGAGAAGGGCGUCCGCCUCAGGCUCACCGUCGUGGACACUCCAGGCUUUGGGGAUUCUGUGAAUUGUGACGAUAGUUGGCGCGUGUGCUCGGCGUACAUCGAUGAGCAAUUCAGGCAGUACUUCACUGACGAAAGUGGUCUGAAUCGGCGCAACAUCCAAGACAAUCGCGUCCACUGCUGUCUCUAUUUCGUCCCACCUUACGGACACAGCUUGCGGCAGAUGGAUUUGGAGAUGCUGCGUCGUCUGCAUCGGAAAGUCAACAUCGUUUUGGUGAUCGGCAAGGCGGACACGCUCACGCAAGCGGAAAUCAAGAAGCUCAAGGAGCGCAUUCUGGCCGAUCUCGAAGAGAACAAUUUGCAGCUGUAUCAAUUCCCUGACUGCGACUCUGAUGAAGAUGAGGAGUUUAAGCAGCAGGACAGGGAGCUGAAAGCAUGCUUACCGUUCGCAGUGGUGGGCAGCAAUACAAUUCUUGAGGUAGCUGGCAGGAAGAUUCGCGGCCGCCAGUAUCCAUGGGGCGUUGUGGAUGUUGAGAAUCCGCAGCACAGCGACUUUAUUAAGCUCAGGACGAUGCUCAUUUCGACGCACAUGCAAGACCUCAAAGACACUACGCAGGAUGUGCAUUAUGAGAACUUCCGUGCGCAAUGUAUCUCGCAAAUCAGCCAACAUGCUCUCCGAGAGCGCGGGAAAUUGAAGAGAGACUCCGUGGCGUCCGCCAACGAGGCUAGCAUCACCGAGACGGACCGGCUGCUAUUGCAGAAGGACGAAGAGAUUCGCCGGAUGCAGGACAUGCUGACCCAAAUGCAGGAGAAACUCAAGGCGACCAAUAUGAAGAACGACAGCGUGAUCGAUGUGUGAAUCACGCGAAUCUGCAUCUAGUGGGUAGAGAGACCUCAUUAAUCAUCAGAACCUCCUAUUUAUCUCCUCCCAAGAGUCACUAAAUAGCAUUUAAAUAUUCUCGCGCAAAAUAGAUGAUUAAGAAUCUUGGUAUCACACACAUUAGGAAAACAUCGAGGAAAACAUUUAAAAUGUACUUCAAACGCAGAAAUUUAGCCCAUUUAUUAUUCAUCAUUCUACCACCUAUACCGAUGAACAGACGAGUUUUCUACACCAAAAUACCAAUUUUUUCGUGUGAUUUUUCUCUAAAGUUUUCUUUUUUAGCCCAAGGACAUUUUUCUACUUAUUACCUCAUUUUCAGCAUGGAACCAGCGAAAGCACACUUUUAUCAUUUAGAGAGUUUACAAGAAUGACUUGUAGUGAUUGUUAAAGUUAGAACAAUUCUGAUUUUAUUGAUAUUUUAGAGAUAAAAGAGAAAAUAAACGGUCAAAUGCAUUUUGCGCAAAAUA